AUUGUGGUGCGAAAUGGAUGUUAUCAUGAAAUAUUACAAUAUUAACCGUCUUCUCUUACUGGGCAUCGGAUUGUGGCCUUAUCAAAAGUACACAUUCAACAAGUUUCACAUAAUAUUCGUGUUCAUUAUCUUGACGCAAGCCCUUGUUUUACAGAUGGCGACAUUCUUUACGACCGGUUUUAACAUUCCUCUACUUUUAGAAGUUCUCUCGACUCUAUUCAUAACCAUUGUUUUUAUUUUCAAAUAUAAUACAAUUUACUUCAAUAUGGACAAAGUAAAACUAUUUUUCGAACACAUCAAUUACAUUUGGGAUACGCUCAAAGAUCCAGUGGAGAUUGAAAUAAUGAAGAGACAGGCUAACAUUGCGCGGUGGUACACGAAAUAUUUUGCGCUGGCUAUGUAUAUAAUUACAUUCCUAUUUGUUAUGACGCAUUACGUACCGUUUCUCCUGGAUAUUGUAUUGCCAUUACCCGAACCUCGACAGCGAAGGAUAUUGGUAAUCGGAGAAAUGUUCAUCGAUCAGCAUAAAUACUUUCACGUGAUAUUGUUAAAUAUAAUGAUGUCAGGCUUUGUCGGUAUGAGCACUGUAAUAGCAGCCGAAACUAUGCUGAUGGCACUGGUGCAACAUACGUGCGGAUUAUUAAAAGUUACCAGUUAUCGAAUAACACGCGCUUUCGAUAGUGAUUACUGUUCCGUUCUUGGGCAUGGCAAAAAGUGCAUAGUUUGUGUCAAGUUGGCGAGCGCCGUGAAGAUUCACAGAAGUGCUAUCAUGUUUACGGACCGCAUAAGAGAUUGUUUUGCAAUAUCUUAUCUUAUAUUGAUCUCGUUUGGUGUUGCUUCCUUAAGCAUUAAUCUAUACCGAUUAUCCAUGGUGUCUUCUUUAGUGAAUGAUAUUGACACGUAUAUCAUUUCGGCAUUUAUCUGCGGGCAUUUCUUUUAUAUGUUUUGGUGCAAUUAUGCUGGACAGGAAUUAAUAAAUCACAGUGCCGCAUUAUACUAUCAGGCAUACAACGUACAAUGGUACAUGUCUGCCGUGCAUAAUCAAAAAAUGUUAAUACUGAUAUUACGCAGAAGCGCUAAACCUCCUUUAUUCAGCGUUUCUAAUGUAUUUGUGGGUUCCUUGGAAGGUUUUGGAACGCUUGUGAGUAUGUCUUUGAGUUACUUCACAUUAAUUUACUCCGUUCGAUGAAACCAAGAACAAAUAUCUACAGUGUCUCGGAAAAUAAAUAGAGAUAGUUUUACAAAUAUAUUCUAUUUCCU